AUGAGUCCACAAGGCAUAAGCCGCAAACGACCAGCGCCAGGCGCAUCCCCCAUCGUCCACCCACCACCACCUCCUCCUAUGGGUGCCAUCCAGAACUACCCUCCCAACCCUGGCGCUCAACUCUCGAACGAUCAAUUCUUACAAUGGGGUCAAAAUACGGCGCCCAACGUGGUCAACCAGCCUGCGCAUUAUCCCGACCCUGCUGCUGCCGCUGCCGCUGCCGCCACCUAUAACCCCGCCGCGUUCGCCCCAGGCCAAGAUAUCCCUGCUCCCACAACUCCCGCAUCCAGUCAGCUUGCACGCAGACCGACACCGAAUCAGCUCGUCAGCAGAAACCGUGGAUAUGAACAAUCUCCAACGGCCACGACGGAGAACGGUGGUGGUAAUGGGGAAUCGGGCGGUUGGGGCGAGAGCUUGGAUGAACUUUACCGGAAGGCAUCGAUUGCGAAGAGGGACGCUCAGGCAAAGAGGAAACAGAUUCCUCCGUUUGUGCAGAAGCUCAGCAGUUUCCUCGAUGAAUCGAAAAAUACCGAACUGAUCCGAUGGUCCGACGAUGGAAACUCGUUUAUUGUCCUGGAUGAAGAUGAAUUUGCACGGACCCUGAUUCCCGAACUCUUUAAACACAAUAAUUACGCCUCUUUCGUUCGUCAAUUGAACAUGUACGGAUUCCAUAAGAAAGUUGGACUGUCGGAUAACUCGAUGCGCGCCAGCGAACGGAAAAAUAAAAGCCCCAGCGAAUACGCAAACCCGUACUUCAAGCGUGGUCAUCCGGACCUGUUAUGGUUGAUUCAGAAGCCCAGGAACUCUGCGGGACAAGGGAACAAAGCCGUGAAAGGUACCGCUCGUAUUAGGACCGAGGAGGCUGAGGACUACGAGGAGGACUACGGCGAUGAGGGCAGCAAUGUUUCUCGUGAUGAUCGGAAUCGCUCGCGGAGCCAACUCUCGUUGAUUACCAAUAAUAAUAUGCCACAAGAUCAAUUCACCGGUGUCUAUCGCGAAUUACAAGCCAUCCGUUCGCAACAACAGAUUAUCUCCAAUACAAUUACGAAACUCCGGCGGGAACACGAACAACUAUAUGCGCAAGCUGCGAACUUCCAGGAACAACAUACACGCCACGAAAAUUCGAUUAAUGCUAUCUUAACCUUCUUAGCAACAGUCUACAACCGGAGUCUGCAAGGACAAGAAGGACCGCAAAAUCUCUCCAACUCAUUCGCUGGGGCUAUUUCGCAGGACCAAGGAGGGAGUGGUAGCGUUGUUGACGUGGGAGAUGACUUCGCCUUCAGCGCGUUGGGAAACGUGGGUAGUCCUGGAGGGCAGAGAUCAGUGAAGAAGCAACCACUGUUAUUGAAGGCACCUCCACCCGCACAAAGAGACAGCCGUGCAGCGACCCUCUCACCUGCCUCCGGUGCAUAUGAUCAACGACAAGCACGGGGCCAUGGCCGACAACCAAGUAGCACAAGGCCGGGCCAUGUGGAAGAAGUCUUUGACAUUAGCCCUCGACCAAGAGAUCCAACACCGACCCAACACCAAGAAUUCCCUCAACGAGAUAUUAUGUCUGUCAUUCAAAAUUCGAAUGCCCGUGGCGGGGUCCCGACAAGUUUUGCAGAGUUCCCCAACGUAUUAUCGUCACUCGAGACGUCUGGCGGCAAUGUGCCAUUGACCCCGAACCAGCGUGCCGAUAUGCUUCGACUGAUGGCCAACGAGACAAACACAGCCGAUCCAAACGUGUCUGCCACGAAUAACAACGCUCUCAUCACACCCAAUCCCCCACCCAUGCCGCAAAACUACUCGGGCCGUCUGGCCAGCACCCGCGCUGAAAUCGACAACCUCGCGAAAAUGCAAGCCGAACAAGACCGCUCCGUGCAGAACCUAACUAACCUCCUACAACCGCUCAGCCCAACUGGUAAUAUUCCCGGGAUAGGGCAUGAAAAUGGAAACGUGCCCCCUCCCCCGCUUGACCUUGACCAGAUCUUCAGCAACGAUUACUUCACCGAUGUUGGAGAUCUCGAGCAUAAUAGAGCCAAUCUCCAGUUUAACGACCAGGCUAACACUGUUCCGGAGGGCACGCACGACCCAGAUGCCAAUGCCGGAACAGACGAUGGUACGAUAAAAGAUGCUAACGAUCUCUUCGACUUUGACCAACUUCCGGCUGACGGUGACUUUUUCGAGGGAUCAAACCAGCAUCAACAGAAUCCCAAUUUCUUCAAUGGGUUUGAUGCGGGUUAUGGCAAUGACCCCGGCAUCGGUGUCGAUGCAAGUCACAACGCUGGCAACGGCGUGAACCACCACAAUCACAAUCACAACAACAACAAUACCGAACUUGAUUCAAAUAGAGUCAUCGAAACUCUCACCGAUAGUGAAGGGACCAGCCCAGCUAACACUGUGGAUGAUCACACUUCCCAAUACCAUGGAGGUAAUGACCCUCAAGGGGACGAUGGAGGUGGUGGCGGUGCCAAGCGGCGCAGAAGGGCGUGA